AUGGCGGAUAAUCAAAGUAGCAACCUCGAAUUGCCUCCUCGACCAGAAGGCUUUCAAUACAUGUGUGUAGCUCUUUAUGGUGGAGAUACUCUUCACCUUAUUUGUGGAGGUGAAUCGGAGGCAGCUAUUAUGCGCAAGGUUAUAGAAGAAGCGUGGCCCAAGGGCAUUCAAAAAGAAGCUUUUAAGCUCAAUGGAGUUUACGAGUUCAAGUUAAAAGGCAAUCCUUUUAGCGCUGCGACUUCGUCAAACGAUGCAUUAGGAUGUAGAAGAAUGGCGGAAAGAAUGUUGUAUAUGCUGUACAGGAAUGGAUGGAGGCUUCACCUAUCGUGCAACAUAUAUCAGAGACUUGAUCUGACGACGUGGAUUUUCAAGAGAGUUCCACCACUGGUAGAUUUUUCACCUCAGCCAUUUCUUGUUGUUGGGUUGAGUGGUUUUGACAGUUUAAUGGUACUCAAUGCGCCAAGUGAGCUCCACCAAGUCUUUAAAGAUGCCAUAGAAAAAUCAUGGCCAAAUGGAAUACAGAAAUGGACUUACAAGAAUAAUGUACUGAUGAUAAAGUUAAAAGGCUUUCCAUGGUUUUCAGAGAGCGCAGACGCGGUUCAUUCAGAAGCGAUGUUGCAGACAAUUAUAAGUGAUCUGAUACUGAAACAAUGGAAUUUAUAUGGAAAUUCCAACAUCCGAAGUGACAGCAACACUUUUUUCUUUGAUUACCACCCAAACUUAAUACCAGAAGGGCAGUCGCCUCCGGAGCAGUUCACGAUCAGCUUCAACAGUUCCGACUUACUGAGGGUCAUCGGUGCUCCCGACGAUUUCGUUUCCGUCAUCCGAAGUACCAUCCGGUCUGUUUGGCCAAAAGGCAUUGAGGAAGAAUCCCGUUACGCAGAUAGUUGGCAGUUCAAGCUACGAGGAAGCCCAUGGUGUGCUUCUGGAAGCAAAGGAGUAAAAUCCAAACUUCUGGUCAUUAAAGUGAUGGAAGCUCUCCUACCUUUUGGGUGGGGCCUUGUUGCUGCAAUUGACAGCUCCAAGAAGGUGUCCGAUAAGAGCUCUCUGCUUUUUAGACAGUCCCAGUCGAGACAAACCUCAGUUUUCUGUCUGAGCGUCAAUGGUGAUAACAAUCUUUGGCUGAUCAAUACAUCAGACGACAUCAUGAAGGUAUGCAACCCCCGUCCAAUAGUAUUUUGUACCUACAAUACACAGGGGCGGAUCUAGGGGGAGGGUGCAGGGGGGCCCCCCCCGAGAUGACUUACGGUUUUCUAAUACAACUUGUAUUCUGCAUAAAAAAAACUAUUUGGUUUAUUGGUGUUGAAGUAUAGCAAGAGACGAGUGCACCCCCUCCUAAAAAAAAUCCUGGAUCCGCCCCUGAUACAUGUCUCCCUAUUUAAUUGGUUCGAACCCGUAUGGACUUUAAAAAAUUGUCAAACUUUAUCUGUUUCGUGGUAAAACGUUUUUCUGACAUUUUCUAGAAGAUUUAGUUUGAGCCCAGAUUGUUCGGUGUUAUUGAAUUACCGGGCAUUUUUAAUUGAUCAAAGGAAGCUUCAUGAUCUGUUUUGAUUAUCGUUAAUUUCCAUCCAAAAGACUAGAGCGCAGUAGUGAAAGUGAAAAUUUGUGGCCAUUACACACAAUUUUACCACAGGCACGAAUGAGCAGCAAGACACAUCGUAGAUGAUAUAUAACGUUCGCUGUUAAAUCAAUCAAAAGAAAAACGGAAACGUAAAAGCUUUUGUACUUCAUGGAGACAUGUAAUGAGCCGGUUGGGGUUUUUCCCAAGAAAUUUGAUUUUAAGGCCAUUCUUUAAGAGGCGAAAUUAUUUUAUCCCCUAUAUUCUUGUUAUACUUAUCUAGCUAUGCAAAGAGGUCAUCCGAUCACAAUACACCCCUGGAACUCAAUGGGUGCAGCAACAUGUUGACAACAUGGAGUUCUCACUGAAGGGCAAGCCCUGGACUCCGGGGGAGGAAGGUCGCCAUGACGGAAUCCACGCCAGAAGUAUGCUGUGUCAUUUAAUCAGCGCUCUCGCAAGUCGCGGCUGGCAUGCAGUAGUGGCAGCUGAUGUCUCCGCCAGGCAUGCAGACGAUGAUGACAGCCGAUAUGAUCCAGUUGAUAUCGAUAGUAUAUAUUUCAUGUACGAUCCUGCUGCACCUCCUUUGGCCCCGCCCUUACAGGUGCAGUACCCUGCACCUUAUGGCAUUCCUCAGCAAGAUGCUCCGCCUCCUUCCUUUGAUCCUCCUUCUUACGAAAGCCUGUCGUAA